CAACCAGGAACCUCAUCCGAAACCUCCUCUCUCUAUCUAAGAUGCAACGCAUAACUCUGUUAUAUAUAGCUCCACCACACUCUCCUUCCCACUCACACUCACUCUCUUUGCUUGUUUAGCGUUUUAAUACUUCACUAUUUCUAAGUGCUUAUCUCCAUUAAUAUGGCAGAAGAAGCUUCAUCACUGCACCUCAUCCACCAACAACUCCUCUCCGACUUUCAAUCUUUCGAAAAUUUAAAUGAUCCAUCCCAAACUUCAACCUCUGAUUCCAGUGUUUCCACCUCAGAUAUUACUCCGCUCUCUAAUUACUUGAAUCUCCAUGAAGAUGGAAACAACCCUUUUCUCCUCCACUGUUCUACUUCUGCUCCGUCUGGGUUUUUCCAGUUUGAAACUAAAUCUCCCAAAGCUUCCAGAUUAAGUCGUCGGCGACCUCCACUCAGCAUCUCAGUUUCUCAGCCAACCAUUCCUCAGUCACCGGAGGAUUCCGAUUCAGGCGACGUCAAGCAUUAUAGGGGCGUACGGCGUCGGCCGUGGGGGAAAUUUGCUGCGGAGAUCCGAGACCCGAAUCGGAGAGGAUCGAGGGUAUGGCUGGGGACAUUCGAGACUGCCAUUGAAGCCGCCAGAGCUUAUGAUCGAGCUGCUUUCAAGAUGCGUGGUUCCAAAGCUAUUCUCAAUUUCCCUCUUGAAGCUGGGAAUUGGUCGGGUUCUGACCCACCAGCAAUAUCAGGCCAGAAAAGGGUGAGAGAAAGUGAGGGUGAAGAGACAGAACAAGUGGAGACGAAGGUUUUAAAGCAGGAGGAGCAGUCGCCGGAAUCUGACAGCACGGUGGCGGCGGCGGCAGCCAGUAAUGUUUUAGGGGUUGGUCCACUAACCCCUUCAAAUUGGAGGGCCGUGUGGGAGGAGAGAGAGAUGGAAGGAAUAUUGAAGUUGCCACCGUUAACGCCGUUAUCACCACAUCCUUGGUUAGGAUAUUCUCAGCUUAUAGUUUGAGGAGAGGGUUUGCCUUAACUGUAAAUAUUGAAUUUGUUCAUUCGUUUAAUAAUUUAUAUCUUUUUACUUA